AUGAUGACCAUGACUCCAGACGAGUUGGCGGCGGUCCUCGGAACCUUUGCGGCCGAAAUACGGCAGGAUAUUCGCAAAGAGACCAAAGUCAUAGAAGUCAACAUACGACACGAGGUACUGGCCAACCAACUCAAAACGCAGCACGAGUUGAUGGAGGUGCAAAAGAAGCUACGACAUGACUUGGCGAAAAUACGACACGACAUCCAAACCCAAGCCCACGGGAUCGAGAUGUCCCAGAAAGUGCUCAACGACAAGCUUGAAUCACUGACCAAGGAGGUCUCUGCUACGGGAGAUAAGACUUGUGAGCUGCUGUUAUCGUUGGAAGAGGAAGAGGAGUCAGAUUCGUUCGGGGAAAAUUCGGCUAUCCGUGACUGGACAGCUUGGAUCCAUGAUUUAUUGCUAGGAGAGUGGCCAGAUGAGGCGAGGUAA